AUGCCCUCCUCCGACUCGCUCAAGUCAGGCAGCUACUCGAUCCUCCCCUCCCAAGACAACACACACGACAUCACGUACGACCUCCCUUCGACAAAGUGCCUGAGCACCUUCCGUAGCAUGACGACUGUCUCAACCUCCGCGGCCGAGAACAGGCCGCUCAACCACGACGUCGUGUUGCCGCUCGGCACGCCCCCGUCCAGUGCCGCCUCUGACUUCUACGCCCCCAGCGCCGGCGUCAGCGCCAGCGAUGAUGGCUGCUCGCCCAGGGUGCUCGCGAGGUUCGCCUUCAGCCCGGUUGCCGCGCUGCACGUCGCCGCCAUCCCGUUUGCCAUCCCCCUCGCCGUCAUCGAGGUCCAGGGCCGGUCGUGGCGCGACGGGCUGGCCACCUUCUUCAUCGUUCUGGCCAGUAUGCAGCUCGCCUGGCUCGUCGUGGCGCUCUUGACGCAGAGCCACUUUAGCCGCGCUAGCGGAGGAGGAUGA